AGCGGAGCCCGCCCCGCCCCGGGGCCCAGGGAGCGGGGCCGCCUCGGAGCCCGGCCUCUCCCCGCCAGACGCCUUCCCGGCCCGCCCGCCGUUCAAGCCAGCGAGCGAGCGCCGGGCCGCGGCCGCGCCUUCCGCUCCCGGCCCGAGCGAGCCCGCCGCCCGUUCGUUCCCGCGCCGCCGCCGCCGGGCCCGGCCAGAGCCUGCAGCGGAGCCCACGAGAGUCAGCGCCAUGGCGGAGCAGACCUACUCGUGGGCCUAUUCCCUGGUGGAUUCCAGUCAAGUGUCUACAUUUCUGAUUUCAAUUCUGCUUAUAGUCUAUGGUAGUUUCAGAUCCCUUAAUAUGGACUUUGAAAAUCAAGAUAAAGAGAAAGACAAUAGCAGUUCUUCUGGGUCUUUCAAUGGCAACAGCACCAAUAAUAGUAUCCAAACUAUUGACUCUACCCAGGCCCUGUUCCUUCCAAUUGGUGCAUCUGUCUCUCUCCUAGUAAUGUUCUUCUUCUUUGACUCAGUUCAAGUAGUUUUUACAAUAUGUACAGCAGUUCUUGCAACAAUAGCUUUUGCUUUCCUCCUCCUCCCGAUGUGCCAGUAUUUAACAAGACCCUGUUCACCUCAGAAUAAGAUUUCCUUUGGUUGCUGUGGGCGUUUCACUGCUGCUGAGCUACUAUCAUUCUCUCUGUCUGUCAUGCUCGUCCUUAUCUGGGUUCUCACUGGCCAUUGGCUUCUUAUGGAUGCCCUGGCCAUGGGUCUCUGUGUAGCCAUGAUCGCCUUUGUCCGCCUGCCCAGCCUCAAGGUGUCCUGCCUGCUUCUCUCAGGGCUUCUAAUCUACGAUGUCUUUUGGGUGUUUUUUUCUGCCUAUAUCUUCAAUAGCAAUGUCAUGGUGAAGGUGGCCACGCAACCGGCUGACAAUCCCCUUGACGUUCUAUCCCGCAAGCUCCACCUGGGGCCCAAUGUUGGGCGUGAUGUUCCUCGCCUGUCUCUGCCUGGAAAACUGGUCUUCCCAAGCUCCACUGGCAGUCACUUCUCUAUGUUGGGCAUUGGGGACAUCGUGAUGCCUGGACUCCUGUUGUGCUUUGUCCUUCGUUACGACAACUACAAAAAACAAGCCAACGGUGACUCCUGCGGUGCCUCUGGACCUGCCAAUAUCUCUGGACGCAUGCAGAAGGUCUCCUACUUUCACUGCACUCUCAUUGGAUACUUUGUAGGUCUGCUCACUGCAACCGUGGCGUCCCGCAUUCACCGAGCGGCCCAGCCCGCCCUUCUCUAUUUGGUGCCAUUCACCUUAUUGCCGCUCCUCACGAUGGCCUAUUUAAAGGGUGACCUUCGGCGGAUGUGGUCUGAGCCAUUCCACUCCAAGUCCAGCAGUUCCCGAUUCCUGGAAGUAUGAUGGAUCCCAGACAGUGACCAGAAUGGCCAUCUGAGUCCUUUUCUGUCAACGCGUGGUUUUGUUUCCUCUUAGAGCUGGCCUGGUACUUGGAGAUGUACCUGUAUAAGGAACUGACAUGUGACUGGAUUUUGCGUUUGCAGGGAGCUUGUUUGCAGGAGCGAGGUGCUGGAGCCCUGCUUCGUUUUUUCUCUUCCUGCCGUUGUAGAGGCGGAGCCCUUCCUGAAGUGACAGGCCCUCCCCAGUGCUCCUUCCUCCCCCGUUUUUAUGAAUCUGCACCAGACUGUUACCUGUGGGGGAUGGAGAUAUGACUGCUUAAAACUGACCACGGCAAGGAGUCGUUCUAUACCUUUUGAACACUAAAAAGGAUGAAAAAUAUUAGCAAACCGAAGUUUCUUCAGUGAACCCUCAAGAACUUUGGGACCAGUUUCCUAUGGGGGACUCCGUUUCAGAGAACUGAGACAGAAGCUCUUCUGUCGUUAUAUUCUUUCCUUUUUCUGGAUUUAUUAAAUAUUUUCUGUGGUGUGAAGUGACUUAUUAAAAAUCCACAGACAUUGAGUGACUUCUUAAAACAUACACAUAAGAAUUUGUUGUAAUGAGUUCAUGUCCACCCAGAUGUUGUGUCGGCAGUGAACGAGGGCACGGUUUUUAUACAUACACACACGCACACAUCGAUAUAUAUGAAUAAACAGAAUUAAAACCUGCUAAGAUCAUGCUGUGUAGCAGACAGGGACUUGCUGUAAUUUUUAGCAUGUAGAGCAGUUUACUCCGGCUUCCUUGUAUAUGGAUACGCUGCUGUCUCUCCCCUCCACAACUGAACAUGCAGUUAAAAAACCAGUAUAGUAUUUGUACUGAUAUACUCAUGGACUUUCGGGGGCUCUUGUUUGGUUUUGAUCAGUGUAGCCAAUUAGGGAUGAAAAGUUCAAACUUUUUGGCCCUUUUUUUGUUUUGUUUUUACAGGCUUCUCCCUUGCAGGGUUUUUAGUAGUUUCUUCUUGAACCAAUGCAUGUAAUAUAGCAGCAGGUGUCUUUGUGCUUUCUGAUCAUAGUAAUGUACUACUUGUAAAUACAUUUUUCUAUUUUC